GAGACCAUCUCAUUAACGUCCCACCCCAGGGGUUGGCUGGCGUCGAACUAGCCUUGGCUGUGUCCUGCCAGCAUGGCACGUCGUAGCAUCUCGUCUUUACGUACUCUGUAGUAGAAUCCCCUCACUAUCGCCCAUCCGGCAUCGAGUGUAAAAGAGCCUCCCCAGCCUCAGGGCCUGCCCUAGAACGUAGGUAGGUAAUAUGUGUGCAUAUACGUCUAUAUGAACGCAUCGUCGACGACGCCCAGAGCCGCAAGGACGCCAGCCAUGUCACUGCCCCCCCCCCCCGUAACCAGAAGGCCCUUAGGAGGGCCUCGGCAAUGGUCAGCUAGCCUUCCAAUCCUCGCUCGGGGGCUUGGACGCUGGUCAUUCUCUCCAAUUGAAGACGGUCGUUCUCUUGGGAACUUCAUUCUCGCCUUCUUGGUCCUUCUUGUCACUUUCUUGUCCGUCGUGAUUUGUCACUGCGGUAUUCCCUUUUUCUCUCAUCUCUGCUUCUCUUCGUUGUUGGCACCCGACUGGUCGGUUUUCGGCAUUUUUUUCUUAUUCUCUUUUUUUCUUUUCUCCUUCCGUACUGUUAUACUUAAUCUCCGAGGCCUGUUGCCGUCGUCGCUGUCGCUGUCGCUGCUCGUUUUCCGGAUUCGGGAUAUUACCUAUAUCCCAAAAAGGAUUUACACACAUGCGCAGCACACACACACACACCCUACCCACUCACACUUAACACGGCAAAGCUGUAUCGAGGCUGUCGAGGCACACGAGACGAGUGGAGGUUAACACGGGAGCUGCUGGGUCAGCCACGGAUCGACCGCUGUGAACGACAGAGAUUUUGUGCGCCACGCCAAUCAUUGGAAAUUUCUCGAAUACUGGUCUUUCCGUCUCUC